CAUACCUGGGAGAUUUCCGUACGACGCAUUUUACAUGGUUUCCAAGAAUUAACCUUCUCAGAUGUUGGCCAACGUAGCAAAUAAGGACUCAAUGGUCGAUGGCAGCUGUGCCGGAGCAGAUCAAACUGCUGACUUGCCAAGGGACCAACAAGAGGUCCUGUAUUUCACGCUCUAUGGUCGUGUCGAAGUGCAAGAGUGGUUGCUGAAGGACACUGUCAGGAAAAAUGCAUUCCGCGAGGCCAUACUCUGCAACGAGUCGUUUAAAAACAAAACUGUUUUGGACGUGGGCUGCGGAAUGGGAAUCCUUUCACUGUUUGCAGCAAAGGCGGGGGCCGCAAAGGUCCUGGCUGUCGAUGCGUCGAACAUUACAAAGUUUGCUCAUCGGAUUGCACAGGACAAUGGAUACGGCAGUGUUAUAACUGUAAUAAGUGGAAAAGUGGAGGACAUUGAGCUGCCCGAGGAUGUCCAAGAGGUGGACAUCAUUGUGUGCGACUGGAUGGGCUACUGCCUUUUCUCUGAGAACAUGCUUGAUUCACUGAUACUUGCGCGGGACAAGUGGCUGGUGGCCGGGGGCCACAUCUUUCCGGACACAGCACAGCUUUAUCUGGCGGCCAUCGAGGGGCGGGACCAGGACCUCGGCUUCUGGCACGACGUGCACGGCUUUGACCUCUCGGCUAUCCGGCGCAGAUGCGAGGCAAAGGCGGUGGUGGAGCACGUGACCGCCGGUCAGGUGAUGAGCAAGGUGUGCCUGGUUAAAUCGCUGGACCUGUACAGCGCUGGCCGCCAGUCUGCCGACUUUCGAUCCUUUUUCGAGCUCAAGGUCACCCGAAACGGCAUGGUCCACGCCCUGACCGCCUACUUCGACGUGGGGUUCAGCAAGAGUCCGCAAGGAGUCAGCUUAAGCACUUCGCCCUGUGCUCCCUGGACCCACUGGAACCAAACCGUUUUCUACUUGGAGACCCCGCUUCCUGUCAAAACUGGCGAAACCAUUAAGGGCGUGUUCGGGAUGAAACCCAGUUCGGAGAGCAUCUUCGACCUGGAGUUCGACAUCUACAUAGAUUUCGAGGGCCGGAAGCAGUCGGUAACCACCCAGCAAUGCUUCGUCCUGUCCAACUCCCUUGCAUUGGGCGGAGUGUAGGAAAGAGGAGCCACAAAAAGUAUCCCCGGAUAUACAACAAACGACCAGUAAAAUGAAUUAAAAGCGACCCAGGUUGCAAUGUUUAUAUAAUUUUAUUGUGUGUAGGCACACAAAACAACAUCUCUGUGUUGGUUUGCAGUCACAAAAGUAUGAAGGAGAACAGGGAAGACGCUUGGUUCAUGCCAACUUGCUCCCACUCUUUACAUAAAAAAUGUAUACAUAUGAGUAUAA